GUCCACGAUGCUUCAAUCUGGCUGCCCUACCCGAUUGAGAAGCUUCUUCCAAUUAUAGUGCACCAGAGCCGAAGACCUUAUUCAAUGUAUCUAGUUUAGGAACUAUGUUGCCUUGUUGUAGAUAGUUUCUGUCCAAUGGGAGAACGAGGCUUGCAACUCUCUAUCUACCCGCAUGAUGUUACGUCCCAUUUCGAACGCCUUUAGUCUGGGGGUUUCAGGUUAAUGGAUCUGAUCUUCCAUGACCCAACCGUCCUAAUGUGCUGGACUUCUUAUCUAAAAAAGAAUAGAUCUAAACCAUGUUGGUUAGGCGUUUCAACUGUUUCUCAUUCCCUCCUUCAACAUGCUGGUAGUAUCCCGUAACAAUAGAUGGUUUUUACCCGCAUUCUAUUGUUCGAGAUUGUUUGCUAUAACUCAACAAUCGCACUACGCAAAGCACACAAUAAGUCCCAUGAAACAACCAAAUGGCCGUUACGUUUGUAUAUAGGACCUUGCCUAUACCCCCUAAUUAAGUAGGUCAGGGCAAGGGCACCGAUGCGUCGGUAUAAAACUUUGCCAAUCCCCCGCUACACUUAUGAUUAGUUAAAAUCAAUGAAGUUUUUCACGCUGCUUUUAUCAGUGUUAUCGCUCGCAGCUUGUAAGUCCAUAUUAUUGUCCAACGACGACUCAUGGGUGUCUUCAGAAAUCCGUGCCUUGUAUCGUGAGCUUGUGGCGGACGGUCAUGAUGUUAUAAUGGUAGCCCCAGCCUCUCAAAUGUCUAGUCAAGGAGGUGCUUUCAUUGUUCCCGACUCCAGUGAUUUGGAUCUGGAUGGUAAUUUCGGUUACGUUUCGGCGGGUGAUCCUGCUUGGGGUCAGGACCCUGAUGAUCCUCAUAUCUGGUACUUCGGAGGUUCUCCUUCAGCUUGUAUUUCGUUUGCCUUUGAGUAUCUUUUGCCAAAACUGUACUCCAACGUGACAAUUGACUUGGUUGUUUCUGGAGUUAACCAAGGUCCUAAUAUUAGUCCGGGUUACUACACUGCAUCAGGAACGAUCUCCGCUGCUUACUCGGGUAUAUAUAGGGGAUACCCUGCUAUUUCAUUUGGAGGAUCCAACUUGAAUAAUUCCUUUUUCCAAGAUAGUUCUGCUAACGACGAGUAUGAUCCUGCUAAUAUCUACGCUAAGAAAGCGGUUGAAAUCAUUGAUCUUCUUGUAGACGCUGAUUUACCGUCCACCGUUGGUAUCAAUGUCAAUUUUCCUGAAGUUGGGUAUCUUUUAGAUAAUGAAACCGAGUGCACUGAUCCUGUGUGGAAAUUUGGAACCAUGAUGAACGGUGGAUACUUUGCACCAAUAGUGAAAUAUGAUAGCAGUUCUGAUACGUUCUCGUCGUCAUACAAGUUAUUUAAGGAUAGCACAUGUAACGAUGGUAGCGGAUGCAACCUCCCAUCUGAAUACGACAUUUUCUGGGCCAGAAACUGUACCACGUCGGUAACAGGAUUCCAGGUGGACGUACUGUUGCCCGGCUCAAUGGACACAACGGUGAAAGGCAUUUUUGAUGGCCUUUUUUAAACCAAAAGAACUGUAUAAUACUGUAGUAUUCUUUUUGUAUAACCAAGCCAGAAUUAUAGACAUUUUUUGCGGCUAAA